AUGUCAGAUCCCAUCUGCGAUAUGACCGCGAUGCUGUCGUGCUCGUUGUUCUUCAUGUGCAAUUCGAAUACGCGCCGCACCACAGAAAUGGCGAACGUGCCGCCCACGUACGAAUCGCUGCAGAAGCACGAAACAGAUGCCGACGGCAGGUCAUACGUCGAAUCUCUAUUCAGAAAGGACCUGUGUUUCGGCACAGUCGCAAUUAUCGGCGUACUUACCCUUGUGGCCCAAAAGAAUAGCGCCAGGAUCCCGUGCGUCAUUUAUUUCGUGCUCCUCACAGGAUGGCUCGCGCUCAACGCGUUCGUGAAGUUGACCAUGAAGCGGAUCCGCAGGUCGCGGGUCGGCGAGAGGGUCAAGGACAUACUCAACUCCUUCCGGAAUGACAUUGGAUCAACGUUUCACUCCGAGCUGGAGCAGAAGAGGUUCUCGUUCGACCCGCCAAACUCGGUCCUCAUUCCGGUCUACCGGAACCGGGAAUGGAAGCGGCUGCCCACCAACGUGCUGGUCUCCGGCGACGUGUUCAAAAUGAAGCCCGGAGAGGUGUUCCCCUGCGACUGCAGGAUCAUACUGAGGUGUGACGUCGACGGUAACGUCGUCCUGGGUGACGAGGUCUUCGAGUUCGGAAGCGUCUGCGGCAGCGUGGGCGAGCCCAAGCCGAACGUCGAGUUCAUUGACGGGACGUUCGUUGCCGAGAGCGACGCGAUGCUGCCCCAACUCAAGGCCUUUUUGGACACGAAGCUCUACGGCAACCCGUUGGUCAACCGCGGAUGCGAGCGCAACGUCUUCGAGGCGCCCUUCGAAUCCACUGGGGGAUCCUGCAAGAACUCGGUCUGGGACCUGAGUGACAGCACGCACUUCUCCAGGAUGCAUAUUACCAACAUCGAAAUGUCAGUUUACCUCCUCCUGACCGCGGUGGUGGCACUGGCGCACGGCUGGCUGAAUGGGAUCAAAGAGUGGACUAGCUCUCUGUUCGUGGGGAGCACGCUCCUGAUUUGCUUCGCUUUCCCUGGGUUUGAGCCGCUUGUACAACUGGCUGACAUUUGGGGGAACGUCAAGCUACAGACGCUCUUCAACUGGCACAACGAGAAGAGGCUCACCGUGGAUAUCUGCCCGCAGCUGUCGAGCUCGAGCUCGUCCACGUUCAUCGGAGGCUCCAAGGCUGGUUCCGUCGACAGUGACAUGGACGCCAACCAGAUCCCGCUGGUCAACCACCUCAAGGAGCUCAACAAGGUGAUGAAGCGGGGCCUCGACAGCGCCGGCAGCCUGAUACACGUGCUCUCCUCCGUUACGCUGCUGUGCUUCGUGGACGACGUUGGGCUGCUGACGGAGGGGUGCGCGACGCUUCAGGAAAUCGCACUCAUCAAGGGCAACGACAUCGAACGGAGCAACACCGUGAGGUCCAACGGUGAUUCUCCCUUCAAAACCAUGAAUUCCACGUCCUCCCUAAAGAUGAAGUCGUCAAUCGAAAGUGACGACUCGGGUUGCGUCAGCGUCAAGAAGGGGGAAAGCUACCGGGAAUGCGCCACCUGCGGGAUAUCGAGCACGGGUCACGAGCACCUCGUCAUCCUCGACGUGUACUCCGACUCUUCACAGUUCGGCAAGCAGUACGUCAGGUUCAACAACGAGGACGAGCGCGGGUGCCUCCCGCAGCUGCUGCCGCUGUCGUUCGCCAUGACGGUCACGCAGUUCCCGCGGUACCAGCCGCCCUCGCUGUUCAGGCUGCCUCCCGAGCUCAUAUACACGUACAUCGGGAUGCUGUCCAACGAGAGCUUCUGCGAUUUCACCGACUGCCUCUGCACCUUCACCGGCUCGAUCGGGCUCAAGCGCUCGUUCAGCCGCCGGUUCCGGUUGAUGAGGUUCGUCAUGCUGAUCGACGAGGCGCACGGCCCCAACGGGAUGCUGCUGCUGUUUUUCCUGCGCGACCCCAGGAAGCAAAUCGUCCAGAUGUUCGCCAAGGGCAAGCUGGACAUGCUGCUCGAGCGCAACCUCAACUACCACAACCACCAACAGGGCAAGAUCCUCGCGGUCAACAGGCUGAUGAAGCGGAAGCUCAAGGAGCUCAACAUGCAGUGGGUGUCGUCGGGCAUGGUGUCGUUCGCGUACGCCUACAAGCCCAUCCACCUGGAGGAGUUCAACAUGCUCAUGGCGCACCUGGACUCCACCACCGUCUUCACCGUGAAGACGGGCAAGUCGGAGGGCCGGCGGAAGCGCAAGUACAUGUACCUGGAGGGGGCCACGCCUAUAUCGAUGCAGCUCGGCGGCGAGUGCAUAUACAGCUGGUUCAAGCAGUUCAAGAAGCAGGACAAGAGCGAGGCCUCCGAACCCUGGGACACCAUACCCAAAUCGACCAAGAAGCGCAUCCUCAAGGGCUACCUCGCCGAUAUGGUCAGCGCGUGCCUCAAAAAUACCGUGCUGCUUGGCAUGUCAGCUGACAAGCGGCUCUACCCCAAGGAGGUGCCGAGCCGCAUCCAGUCGUUCCACGAUGCGGGGGUGCGCUUCGUCUACUUCAGCAAACAUGACGAGCGUCAAACCAGGGUAACGGGGGCGCACCUCGGCCUGGAGACCAGCUGGAACUCCAUGAUAAGCCUGGCUAACUCCGAGCGUUCCACGUACAUCAACCAGGAUGGCAAUGUCGUGCUGCCCAGCGGUAUCGAGAACAUCAAGCGGCACAUUGAGGAGGUCGACGACAUCCCGCUGCAGGUCUCCCUGUUCGCGAAUUGCAACCCGAAGAACACCGCCGAAAUGCUCGGGAUAUUGCGCAACAACGGUGAAACCAUCAUGUGCAUCGGCGGAGGCCUGCGACCGUCCAACUUCUACGUGUUUAGGGAGGCGCACAGCUCAGUCUCGGUGGCGCAGGGGUACCACCCGGUGUGCCGCUUCUGCCGCGGUAAGCGCUGGAGCGGCGUCGCGCGGGCGCACAUGUUUGAUGAGGCACUUCCCGAAAUGAAGUUGUCGGCGGCGCUUACCAGCCUGCCGUGCGACCUGCAGACUUCGACCAUGUACAAGGUGGCGGACCCGUACUACGUGAUGGAGAUGCUGUACGAGGUGUUGCGAGUUGCACGGCACGUGUCCACGAACAUCCAGGAGUCGGCUGCGUUCAUGAAGCUCGCGUGCCACUCGUUGGCCUGGUUGCUGUUCCUGCAGGCCUGCACGGGGUUCGCGGAUUUCAUCCAGCCCUUGGACUUCGCGCUGACGCUCUGUGCGUACGUCCCGAUGGUAUCCAUUUCGCUGCUGGCAAACCCGCCGGACGAUAAAAUAAUGCAGACUCUACCCAACAAGAUACACAAGGACGACCUCAAGGUGAAGGGCAAGAGCAUGCUGCGCAACUACUCGCGGCUGUUCCUAGCGACAACCCUGACGGCUCUCGGAUACUGCUUAUGCCUGUUCAUAAUAAACAAGACGGUCGCCGCGGAACUCGCCUCUGUCGGGGUUUCGAUGGAUAUUGGAACCUGCGACUCCCCCUUCCGAAUGCCACUGCGGCAAUGCGUCCACAAGGUGCGCGACGCGCUAACAGCCCAUCGACAAACUCUGGGCGAAGAUAAAGUUAUCGUGCACCCCGACACGCCUCACGUGCUCGCGCAGCUUUGCGCCUCGGUGCUCCUGGUGUUCAACCUCGCCACCGCCUCGAGCUCGUGGGUGAACAAGUACGGCCAUGGCUCAAAGUGGCCGUGGCACAACACCAACUGGAUGUUCACGUCGUUCGCCGUGGUGUUCUGCCACAUAGCACUCGCGGCGCUGAGGAUUGGCAUAUCACAUAUAUCGUCGAAGGAGGUCGCGCUGCUGUUCCCGCUCCAGGUGAUCGGUUUCGGGCCCGGGCUGGCGCUCAUGAUCGUGAUCUUCGACCAGCUCAUCAAGCUGCAGCUGCGCCGCGAGCGCAACAUCGAGCAGAAGUUUUUGGAGCUCCUGUUCUCCACGCGGCUCGGCAUGUGGAGCCCGAAGUGA